UGGUCGGCCAUAUUGAUUUUCAGAAUCCAUGGAGCUCGGAAUAUUAGGCACAUCUUGACUGGAUUUGUGAUAAAUUUGGGACAUGUACCUCCUAACGGACCUAGUACAUCGAAACAGGGAUUUCAUAGGAGUGUCGGUGGAGUUUUUCACGCGGAGAGCUGCGUGUUUUAUCCCUGUAGACAACAGCUAGCUAACCCGUUGUAAGUUAGCCAGAGUCAGUUGAUAUACUGGACAUCUGUGCGACUUGUCCCUUGUCCCUGUAAUGACCGCCAUGUCAUCACGCACCCCCGUGCUCUCCACAGUACACGAAGAUCGAAGGCAUGGUCACGGAGAUGAUUCAAACACGUCGUCAUCGAGAAGUCGGAGUACAAGAACGGCCGACGACCAACCACAUGUUGGUCGAUACCGCCUCAUCAAAACUAUUGGAAAGGGGAACUUUGCAAAGGUUAAACUCGCAAAGCAUAUACCCACGGGGAAAGAGGUGGCAAUCAAAAUUAUUGAUAAAACGCAACUAAAUCCAAGUAGUCUUCAGAAGAAAUAUGGACAAGGGAAAAAGCUGACUGACCAGUCCAGUGAAAUAACAAGCUUACUGGUCCUGUUGGCCAGUCACUAA